AAAAAACUUAUCUUGCAAUGGCAAUACAAUGAGAUGAUACCUGAUCGAAAAACAACUGAAUUGGCUCAUUUAUAUUUCAACCCAAAAACACACAACGAUGGUAUUCCACUUCGACCCAUUGAAAAUACAAUUCGCGCACCAACAACCAAUAUUUCGAAAUUUUUAGAUAAAAUUCUACGCCCAAUAUCCGAUGAUAAAUGUACGAAAACAACAAUUAUUGAUGGUGCUCAUCUAAUUACUGCAAUAAAAACGUAUGCAAACAAAGGUCUAAUGAAACCAUCAACACUUUUUUGUACAUUUGAUAUUCGUAAUUUAUAUAUAAUGUUACCACAAGAAGAAGCAUUAAAUAUUCUAGUGGAAUUUCUUCAUCUACAUGGUUAUAGAAAAGUGAAAGGAAUUGUACUUGAUUCAAUUCGAAAAUUGGCUUCUAUUGUAUUAAAAGAGAAUGUUUUCGUUUAUGACAAUAAACUCUACCAACAAACUACAGGUGGUGCCAUGGGUUCAUCAUUCACUUUAACUUUAGCGAAUAUAUUUAUAUGGAAAUGGUAA